AUGAAUAGUUGGGUCGAUUGCAAUUGUUGUAAUUGGCGAACACAUAGGUACCUGAUUUUGAAGUAUUUAAAGAACGGUAAUUUGCUGAAGCACUUGUUUAAACUGAAACAAUUCAGCGAAGAAGCCACAUCAUUCUACGCUGCCUGUAUCUUAACUGUUAUAAGGCAAAUGCUUAGCGUCAACAUACUACACAAGUCAGGUUUAACAAGAGAUCUAAUUUCGACAUUUUAUUUCAUUGUUAUAAAUUCGUACAGUGACCUGCAUCUUGGCAAUUUAUUGUUAGACGACGGUGGCUACCCUACUUUGGUCGAUUUUGAAAGGGCGACAAAAAUUAGCAGCACCACUCACAAUAUUAGAGACAUUGAGAUUAAAUUGGCGUAUAAACUGGGACAACUAAUUGGUGAAAUGCUCAACGGAAUAGUUUGA